AUGGCAUUCCAGCCGACCCCAAUGGAUGUGUCCGUCAUCAUCACCAAUGCGGCUUUGGCCAAGUCUGGGAACUCGGAACCCAGAUUUCUGACCGAACGCCGUAUCACCCCAACCUGGACCGUGUUGCAGGUCAAGGGGAAGCUGGAGACCAUGACGGGCAUUCCACCUGGAAGUCAGCGUCUGCGGGUGAAAGUCCCCGGGCAACCCGAUCAAUGGGCCGAUGAAGAUGAUCGCCUGAUUGGAAAUUAUGGAUUAGUGAAGGGAACGGAAAUUGAGGUUAACGACAGUCGUCCCCAGACAAUGCGGGCGAAUUUCACCGACUUGUCCAGUGUUGAGAAAUAUGUGCUGCCUACUGAAACAUACGAAGCUCGUUCAGACUCUGUUCUGGCCUGGAAGAAGAACCAGAAGUUGGGUCGUUUUGACCCUACUGCUCUAUCACCCGAGGAAUCUCUGCGCCACCAGGUUGAGAAAGACCAGGCAGAGAUUCAAACCAGAGGUUCGUUGACAGCAAGCAUCUUCAAUGCGAUUCAAACAGAUCUAAUGGGUUCAAUGACAGACAUCGCUGUUUCCAAGCGGGCUAUCAUCCUGCCUUCCUCCCCACCGCACAUUCGUCGCGGCACGAUUCGUUUCGUGGGACCUGUUCCGACAAUUCCCAUCACUGGCCCGGCCCGUGAGCUCCAGCAGAGCCCAGACCUCCCGACGGAGCUCCAACCAAUUUGGGUUGGAAUUGAGCUCGAUGAGCCACUGGGAAAGAACGACGGCAGCGUGGGUGGACAGCGCUACUUUGAGUGCUUAGGCAACAGCGGCGUUUUUGUCAAGCCCGAGAAGGUCGAGGUAGGAGAAUUCCCGCCUUUGGGUUUAGAUGACGAGUUGGAUGAGUUGAUGGAAGAAAUUUGA